AUGUACGGAGAGUCGUUUCUUCGACGGUAAUUAUUGAGGAAUUUAAAUGAAUUUAAACGCGACUGAAUCAAUAAUCCGUCGUAGAGCUUCCUAGGUUAUUUUUGUACGGUUUUAAUCUGACUGCAGAGACCGUUGAGUCACUUGGAGUCGCUAUGGACACCGGACUUCAAAUUCCUCUACCCUUGGAUUCUGCUAAAUCUAAUAACCUGGAGGACAAAAGAUUAUGGGUUGGAAAUUUAGAUCCCAGAAUUAAUGAGUACCAACUCCUGAAACUCGUUCAAAAACAUGGAAAAAUCGAAAAGUUUGACCUCCUAUUCCACCGUUCUGGGCCACAAGCUGGCCAACCCAGAGGAUAUGCGUUCGUAACUUACGAGACGAGCUACGACGCGGAAAAAGCCAAAGAUGCUCUUCACAACAUUAAAAUUGGAGCGAAGACCAUCGUUGUGAGAUGGGCGCACAGUGUCAAUGAGAACGAUAUGGAGAAACCAAAACCAAAGAUAGAUAUUCCAGCACUGGCAGGUGCCAAGAAAGAAGACAAGAAAGUGAGUAGAGAAACGGCGAUCCAAGCAAUCGAGGCCAAACUAAAGAUGAUGAAUGAGUCUGAGGAGGAAUUUGAACUCGACAAACCGUUAGUUGGAACUCCAAUUCUUCAACAGUACCAGAGACCUGAAAAUAUGAAGCCGUCCACCUCUAAUCGAUAUCACAAUCAUAGGGGUUCACGAUAUCAGAGUAAUAAGCCGUAUAGUCGACCUCGACCAAGGAGAUAAUCAAUCCUACAAUGAGAACAACUCAUUUGAGAUAUUUGAUGCUGUUAAUUGCUGGGUUGUUGCAAACCUGGCUAAUCAGUGAAAGUCAGGGAAUUCUCAUGCAACGUGAAUCUUGAAAACUGAUUGCACAAUCAUCGAUGAAUUGUAAUUCAGAGGCAUAAUGUAUUAUCACAUACUGUGUAAAAACAUUAUUGAAAUCGUAUGGAAGGAAUGAAGUUUCAAUGGGGAUAAUCUGGCGAAGCAAGGGAAUUCAAAUAACGAAAAUUUGUAACAACCUUGAAUUUGUCUUGAUUGACGAAUUACUAUACAGAUAAGUUUUAGUUAAUACUGUCAUCCAUUAGCAUAAUAGUCACUCAUUUAUUUAUUUUCUCGACCUGUGUGAAUGAAAUCAUAAAUCACAAAAUCAGGAUAAGGUCUGCCAUUGUUAUAUGUAAUGUGAAUUGAGAAAUUCAUUUUUCUUUUCAAUCCUUCCACGAUUAAGAGAUCUUAAUCGCUGCAAAUGAUUCCUAUGCUAAUAAAGUCUUUCAAGGCAAGUGUUAUAAGUACAAGUAUUUCCAUUGAAUACUGACUUUGUGUAUCAUAUUUGACGUACAUGUAUUUUCCUACAGUGUAUUAUGACAUUUUUACAGUAAAACAAAUAUAUACAAGAA